AUGGCUCCUGGGAAGGCGUCAGCUCUGGAUGGCGGCUGGGGUUGGGUGAUUGUCGGCUGCUGCUUCAUGGUGACAGUCUGUACACGAGCGGUGACCAGAUGCGUCUCCAUCUUCUUUGUGGAGUUUCAGGCUCACUUUGGAGCCGACUAUUCAACCACAGCAUGGAUCCACAGCCUGGUGGACUGCACCACCAUGCUCUGUGCUCCAUUGGGCAGCCUGGUGGGGAACCGUUGGUCCUGUCGGGUGGCGGUGAUGCUCGGUGGUCUCCUCUCCUCCUGCGGCCUCCUGCUCAGCUCCUUCACCAACAGCUUGGAGACGCUCUACUUCAGCAUGGGGAUCCUGACAGGUCUGGGUUUUGCUCUCUGCUACACUCCGGCCAUCGCCAUGGUCGGCUGUUACUUCCAUCGGAGGAAGGCGCUGGCGUACGGCAUCGCCAUGUCAGGCAGCGGGAUCGGCACCUUGGUGCUGGCACCGGUGGUGCAACUGCUCAUCGAACUGUACUCAUGGAGGGGGGCGCUGCUCGUCCUCAGCGCCUUUGUCGGCAACCUCUGCGUCUGUGGGGCAUUGCUUCGACCAAUCACAGUGCGGGAAGAAGAGGGGGAGGAGGGGGCGCCAACAGGGGAAGAGCGACUUGGAAGUCCCGCCCCUCAGCUGCAGAGGAGGUGGUGUUUCAGCUCCUGCUUCCUGUCCAGUCAGGAGUUCCGGUUCCUGCUGCUGCCGGACUUCCUGGGGCUCGCCGUGUCCUUCCUGUUCCUGGCCAGCGGCUGCAGCCUCCCCUUCGUGUACCUGGUGCCCUACGCUCUGAGCGUCGGCGUCAGCCACCAGCACGCCGCCUUCCUCAUGUCCAUCCUGGGAGUCAUUGACAUCGUGGGGAACAUUACCUUCGGCUGGCUGACGGACAGGAAGUAUCUGAAGCCGCACCGCGUGGCGUGCUACGUGUUUUCGGUGUGGAUGGAGGGUCUGUGCUGCCUCUUCACGCCGCUGCUGCGCUCCUUCAAGCUCCUCGUGCCCUUCGCCGUCCUCUACGGUUAUUUCGACGGCGCCUACGUGGCGCUGAUUCCCGUGGUGACGUCAGACGUGGUGGGAGAGCCGUACCUGUCCUCUGCUCUGGGCGUGGUCUACUUCCUGCACGCCAUCCCCUACCUCAUCAGCCCGCCUAUCGGAGGUUGGCUGGUUGACAUCACAGGAAGUUACACGGCCACCUUCUUCCUCAGCGGCUCCACGCUGCUGGCCAGCGCGCUCGUCCUCUCUGCCGCCGCCGGGAUCCGUCGCUGCCGUCGGAGGAGUCAUGUGACCACAGAGCCCCUCCCCCUCAGUCUGUCUGACCAAUCGGACUGCUUCGUCUCCUACAGGAAGGAGGACUCCUGCGGCUCGUCUCCCGCGGUAACCGUCAGAGAAGACAAGUUGAUGCACCUGACCCCUGACCUUUGA